AUGGUUAGCGCUGUCUAUCACAACUACGAAGGCUUUGGUAACGUCACCACUUUUUCAGAUGCCUUGCACAACUUCUCCAAGGUGUCUGACUUGAACUAUGUCGAGAAGCUCUGGGCCUCCUACUACUACUGGAUGAACAACGACUUGUUCGCCACGGGUCUCUUUUUCUUCUUGAUGCACGAAAUCAUGUAUUUUGGUCGCUGUUUGCCCUGGGCCAUCAUCGACCGCAUUCCUUACUUCAACAAGUACAAGAUCCAGGAAACUAAGGUCCCCAGCAACAAGGAGCAGUGGGAGUGCCUCAAGUCGGUGUUGAUUUCUCACUUCUUGGUCGAGGCCUUUCCCAUCUGGUUUUUCCACCCUUUGUGUGAGAAGAUUGGUAUCUCUUUCUCGGCUCCUUUCCCUCCUUGGUGGAAGAUCGCUUUUCACUUGGCCUUGUUCUUCGUCGCUGAGGACGCCUGGCACUACUGGUUCCACAGAGGCUUGCAUCACGGUGUUUUCUACAAGUAUAUUCACAAGCAACACCACCGUUAUGCUGCUCCCUUUGGUUUGGCUGCUGAGUACGCCCACCCUGUAGAAGUGGCCCUUCUAGGCAUGGGCACCGUCGGCAUCCCCAUUGUGUGGUGCUACUUCACCAGGGACUUGCAUUUGUUCACCAUCUCUGUGUGGAUCUGCUUGAGGUUGUUCCAGGCUGUGGACGCUCAUUCCGGUUACGAGUUCCCAUGGUCCUUGCACCACUUCUUGCCUUUCUGGGCCGGAGCUGACCACCACGACGAGCACCACCACUUUUUCAUUGGUUCAUACGCCUCUAGUUUCAGAUGGUGGGACUUCUUCUUGGACACUGAGGCCGGUCCAAAGGGCAAGGCUUCAAGAGAGCAGAGAAUGAAGAAGAAAGCUGAGAAGAAGGUCCAGUAA